AUGCCGAGGCCGAGUCCGUAUCCCGAGCUGGACGGAGAGUCCCGCGUCGGGGCGAUUGUCGCCAUCCUCGUCGUGGGCAGCGUCUUGUCGACCUCCGCUGUCGUGCUCCGGUGCUAUUCCCGCGCUGUUAUGCUGCGGUGUUUCGGCUUGGAUGAUGCUGUUAUGAUUCCAGCACAGAUUUUGACGAUUGCAUCGGCCAUAGCGAUAGGAUUGGAGGCAAAAUAUGGCCUCGGCCGCCAUGUUUGGAUGAUGCCCGAAAAAGACAACAUCCCAUACAUGAAGUGCUUCUACGUCUCCAUCAUCGUGUACAACGUGGGCAUGGCGCUCACCAAGAUCUCGACGCUGCUCCUGUACAAGCGCAUCUUCAACCAUACCAUGAUGCACAAGGUGGUCAUGUACGGGCUCGCCUUCCUCGUCUGCUGGGCCAUCACGCUCUGCUUCCUGUUGCCGAUGGUGUGCAUGCCGGUCGCCGCGUUCUGGGAUCCCUCGGUCAAGGGCUUCUGUCUGGACAACGGCACGAUCUGGUAUGUCAUGGCGGGCGUCAACUUGGUGACGGAUUUCACCGUGUUCUCGCUGCCGAUCCCGGUGAUUAGCUCGCUGCAGCUGCCUAAGAAGCAGAAGGCGAUGCUGUUGAUUGUGUUUACCCUGGGUGUUUUCCCCUGCGCCGUGUCAAUCUACCGCAUCCGCACCCUCUCCGCCGCAGCCAAAUCCACCGACCCAACCUGGGACAACGUCGACGCAGCCACCUUCUCCUUUCUCGAGCUCGCCGUGGGCGUCAUCGCCGUGUGCCUACCGACCCUCCGACCCAUCCUCAUGCGCGCGAUGCCCCGUGUAUUCGGCUCCUACCUCCGUUCCAAUCCCAGCCGCAGCGCCGGAGCUGGUGGGACCGGCGGAACCGGCAGUCGUUUCGGCGGUACGCGCUCGAGCCGCCUGGCUUUUGGCCGCGGGGGUACGACGGGGGGCAGUAGCGUCGUGCCUGUUGUUGCUGCAUUUAAAGGUGGCGGCAACGCUCUUCGGGGAACGGCGAGCACAGAAGGCUUACGCCGGGGUGGUGAUGAGGAAGAAGGCGGGCUGGCGCGCUGCCGGACCGGUAGUGAGGAGAUAAUUGAGUUUGGGGAACUAGACAAGACGGGACUGUCAAAUAGUCCUGGGGGUAGGAACCGGUAUAGCGUGAGUGUGGUCGCGGGAUGGGAUCCGGACGGGGGUACACGGCUGGGAAAGAAGAAGAACAAAGAUAGUAUUAGUGGCGGUGCUGGUGGUAAUGGUAAUGGCGGGAGGUAUCAUCAUCAAAAGGAGAGUAGCGGGGCGGGGAUUCAGGCGACGACGACGGUGACACAGAUGGUGACGUUUACGUCGAUGAUGGAGGAGGAGAAUGAACGGCGGUUGAGGGAAACGAAGGAGAUGAUGGGGGCUAGGGGACGGUAA